UACAGAGGCAGCUGCCGACAAUGCGUAGGCGCAAUGUGCCCAUUUCGACGCUCAACCAUUAUUGAACGCCAACUGCGGCACAUUUAGGCAGCCAUGACUGGGAAACAGUGAGGCACCACUCUUUACCACCGCACACAUUUAGGCCACUCUCGACAGGUCUGCGAAGGUUCCAUGGAGCAAAAACGACCCUUCUACCAAAUAAUAGAUGGCGUGCCCAGAUGUCCAAAUGUCGACCCUGUUUUGCUGAGGAAGGCCCUGAGUUUCAAUGCCUCCAAGGGAGAUCUGGUGCAGUGGUCGUUUCCAAAAAGCGGGACACACUGGGUGCAGUACAUCAUCCAACUCAUUCUGAAUGAAGGAGAAGGCAUGGAGAAUUACGACCAGUUCACCAGGAACACCAGGCUGAUGGAGUACGUUGGCGUCGACGACUGGAGACCAGCGUUGGCGUUGCGAUGCCUCAUCACACAUCUCCCACCACAACCAGAGUUCAUCAGCAACGAUGCCAAGUAUGUGUACGUGGCGAGAAAUCCUUGGGACGUGUGUGUGUCUAUGUUUCACAUGGUCACCAACCUCAGCAUCUACCGUUUCGAGGACGGCACUUUCGACGAGUUCUUUGAGCACUUCUUGAACAAGGACUUUGGCUAUGGCUCCUAUUUUGACCACGUAGCCACUGGAUACGCUCUCAGAGACAGGGCCAACGUACUCUUCCUCACUUACGAACAGCUGAAAAGGGAGCCCCGCGAGACCGUGCUAAAACUAGCACGCUUUCUUGGCGAUCGCCAUGGCAGGAUUAUAGAAGACGAUGGAAAUGGCUUGCUAGACCGAAUCCUGGAACUGUCUUCACCCAGCAGUAUGAAAAGUGUAAUUGUGAUGAACUUGCUUAGCAAGGAGUGGGAAGUCAUGAUGACUAGAAAUAACAUGACGUGUAAGGACGGUUACGGUGGGGAUUGCAAAAAGUAUGGCAUUGUGAGGAACGCAAAAAUUGGCGAUUGGAAGAAUUACUUCAAACCUGACCAACUUCAGCGCUUCGAGGCGAAGAUUAGGGCGGAAGGGGAGAAAGUUUCGUUUAUGAAUUUGUGGGCAGACAUUAGGAAGGAGGCACUUCAAGUGGCUUGCUCGUAAGUGAACAAAAACUGACGUUGCCCAAUCGCGGAAGAAACAAACAAAUGCAAUACACAGAAGAUGCCCCUCUGUUUUAUUUGUAUUGUGCCGUUUUAUCCUUGACAGAGCUACACAAACGGCUGCUUCCUUAUAUUUCGCUCGCAAGUUUACACUCCGAUGUGUAAGCAUACAAAUUCCUUCAUAAUAAACCAAGUAACGCUUCGAAAGACAGAACAUUGACAACGAAAAGCAACGAACCCGGCUAUUUAUUUUGCCAACAUCAAUCGGUGCUGUUACUGUUCAUGUGCAAGCUUCUAGCCGAAAUUUGCACCUUGCUUCUUUAUGGAUCCCGUGAAGGCAAUGAAUAUUUCCUUAUGGGGACGUACACCUGCACCG